AUGGCGCAACAAGGGCAGGGAAGCAUGGACCCUGCCGUGCUCGACGACAUCAUUCGUCGUCUGCUGGAUUACAGAAACCCUAAGCCUGGUACGAAGCAGGCUAUGCUCAACGAGUCUGAGAUCCGUCAGCUUUGCAUCGUCUCCAGAGAGAUUUUCCUUCAACAGCCUAACCUCCUUGAGCUCGAAGCCCCCAUCAAGAUCUGCGGUGACAUUCAUGGACAGUACUCAGAUCUAUUGAGGCUGUUUGAGUACGGAGGCUUUCCUCCAACAGCUAACUAUUUAUUCCUAGGAGACUACGUGGACCGUGGUAAGCAGAGCUUGGAGACAAUCUGUCUUCUUCUUGCCUACAAAAUCAAAUACCCUGAGAACUUCUUUCUCCUAAGAGGCAACCACGAAUGCGCUUCCAUCAACAGAAUCUACGGAUUCUACGACGAAUGCAAACGUAGAUUCAGCGUGAGGCUGUGGAAAGUGUUUACAGAUUCUUUCAACUGCCUCCCCGUGGCUGCUGUGAUAGACGACAAGAUAUUAUGCAUGCACGGUGGUCUCUCUCCUGAUUUGACAAACGUGGAGCAGAUCAAGAACAUCAAGCGGCCUACGGAUGUGCCAGACUCUGGCUUGUUAUGUGAUCUGCUCUGGUCUGAUCCGAGCAAAGAUGUUAAAGGCUGGGGGAUGAAUGACCGUGGAGUGUCUUACACGUUUGGACCUGAUAGAGUUGCGGAUUUUCUGAUCAAGAACGAUAUGGAUCUUAUCUGUCGUGCUCACCAGGUUGUAGAGGAUGGAUAUGAGUUCUUUGCUGAUAGACAGCUUGUUACUAUAUUCUCUGCUCCAAACUAUUGUGGUGAAUUCGACAAUGCUGGUGCGAUGAUGAGUGUUGAUGAGAGUUUGAUGUGCUCUUUCCAAAUUCUUAAGCCUGCUGAUCGGAGGCCUCGGUUCUUAUGA